AUGUCUGUCUGUACGAUGUUGUUUAUUGCUGCCAUUACGGUUUCGUGGUCCGGUACGCCAAUCGCAGCUAUGAACAUUCUAGCUAUAGAGCCGCUUACGGGUAAAAGUCAUUGGAAUUUCCUGAGCGCACUUCUCCGAGCUUUGACAGACAGUGGCCAUCGCGUUACCGCGUUCACUCCACUUCCCGACGGAGAGCGAAUCAACUAUACGGAAAUAGACAUAUCGAAGGAAAUUUCCGUGAUGGAUGUCGGCAUUGACUCGCAUUUUGUUCUGGAAAAUUUUCGAAAAUCUUCGGUAAUGAUACCUUUGGUAAUGAACUGGACCCGUUGCAUCUGCGAUAUCAUCAAUGAACAUCCCAAGAUGAAAGAUAUACUUAAUAGCGAAAAUUCUGGUUACGAUUUAAUUAUCGUCGAACGAGCCGCAUCGGAAUGUGUCACUUACGUAGCCGCCAAAUUGGAUGUACCAAUCAUAUUCUCGUCCCCAUCGCCGUUGAAAACGACUAUUGAAUAUAGUUUAAUAGGAAACGGUCCGAAUCCAGCGACCGUGUCUCAUGUAAUGGCCUAUCACUCAGUUCCGAGAACGUUUUUUCAGCGGUUCACGAAUUCUCUAUUUUUCGUGUAUAGCACAUUUUUAAGUACACAAAAAGAGUCUGAAAUUAAGACAAACAAACCCGGUGAGUACGAUCUAAUAGAACCAGUAAAGCCGUCCAUCGUGUUCCUUAAUACGUAUUACGUUACCGAGGCUCCAAGACCGUUUCCGCCGAACGUUAUACAAGUAGGUGGCAUUCAUUUACAACCACCUGAAGAUGAUAUUAUACCCGCAGAUAUUUUAGAAUUCAUUGAUAAUUCACCGCACGGAGUAAUUUACUUUACAUUUGGAUCGAUCGUGGAGAUGUCUACGUUGCCAGACCACAUUCAAAACGCGUAUAAAGAUGGAUUGUCACAAGUUCCUCAAAGAGUAUUGUGGAAGUACGAUGGAGAAAUGAAAAACAAACCAAUAAAUGUAAUGACACGCAAAUGGUUUCCUCAACGUGAAAUACUUUUGCAUCCUAAAGUAAAAUUAUUCAUCAGUCACGGAGGUAUAUCUGGUGUGUAUGAAGCUAUAGAUGCCAGUGUUCCAGUUCUUGGACUUCCUGUGUUCUAUGAUCAGCCAAGGAAUAUAGAACAUUUAGUGGACGCAGGCAUGGCAAUUUCUAUGGACUUAUUAUUUGUAACUAAGCACAAUUUUUUUAACGCCGUAAAUGAAUUAAUUAACAACGAAAAAUACCGGAAAAAUGCCAAUAUUGUUUCUAAUCAUUUCAAAGAUCGACCCAUGACUCCAGUAAAAUCGGUUGUUUAUUGGACAGAAUAUGUGUAUCGUCAUAAAAGCACACCUCACUUAAAAUCUUACGCCUUCAAUCUGACGUGGUAUCAAUACUAUCUUUUGGAUGUGAUUGCUGUCAUAUUGUUAUUAAUUAUAUUUACCGUUUACAUCACUUAUAAAACACUGAUGUACAUGUGGAUAAAUAAUAAAUAG